AAUUUUGUUGUUGUUUUUGUCAAUUUUAUAAAAAUAGCUUUUGUUUUGUUGUCAUCACUGAAGAUGAGAUAUCACUUGAAGAAGAAAUGAAGUGAUUUUUUUGGUGUUGUUGUUGACAAACGAUAUGUUUAUUUAAGACAUAGUUUUGUUUGUUUGUCGUGUAUUUGUUAACCAAUUGUUAACUAAUUGUUAUUUGAUUUUUUUGGUCACAAAUAAUACGCCGAGAUUUAAGUGAUGAUAUAUUUUCGGUGAUAAUGAGUGUGAAUGUUAUGUGCGGACAGUUGUGUUUCAGAUGACAUGACCAUCGAAUUGAUUGUCCAUCAAAACCAUGUCUUUUGUCGGACUAAACUGUUUUUAAUUGUUUUUAUAGUAAUAUGAGUUCAAAUUGCUGUCCAAAUGAUAACACAAUAAACUGUUUGUCACUAAAAUAUCCGUCAAAUGUGUCCUCAAGUGAGUCAUCAUCGGUGCCAUCGAUGGGGUCGACAACAACUGUGACAACCACUUCCAGCAAUGGCUUAAAUGCCAUGAAUGGGACCAACGGUUCCCAUAAUAAGUCACCAAAUAAGACAAAUAAUAGUAGGUUUUCAUCGCUCGUUAAGAUCUUUAAGCCGUGGAAAUGGAAACGAAAGAAGAAGAGCGAAAAGUUUGAAAACACAUCUAAAGCUCUGGAGAGAAGAAUAUCAAUGCGAUCGUCAAAAGCAGAUCUAAUCCAAAGAGGAGUUCUUUUACCCGAAAAAAACGAGGCAUUUAAAAGUGACUUAAUAUCCACAAUGAAAGAAAUGAAAGUCUACGAGUUGUCCAAUAAAGAUGACAUGAAUUUACAGAUGACUACAAACUCAGGCAUUACUACUUGUAAGACAUCAGUCUCUGAGACCGUGUCGACCAACACAUCGACUUCCAAACCAAUGAUUCCCAUAUCAUUGAGUGGUUAUCUGAAGGGAGCCAUUGCUACACCACUGGUUGCCAUCUCUAAGAACGGACAAAACUUUCAUAACUCAUCCAUCAAUAAAAAGCGAACCUCUUUUGAGAAUAAGAGCGAAAUCGGCGACAAAUCAAACCCUAUAGUGAUUAACGAUAAUUAUAGAUAUAAUAAUAAUAACAUUAAUGAGAAUAAAAACAUUUCCUUUAAUGCUAAUGACUCUAUUAAAAUAAUCACAUCGACGACUGGCUCUUCAAUCAUAUCAGACAUCUCAUCGACAUCUUCUUCAUCUAAUUGUGAUCUAAAAGCAAAUAAGAUUCAUAUAAAUACUAUAAAUAGUGUAAAUAAAUGUGUUAUGCAAUUGAACUCAAACUCAUCAAUGAUUAGUGAGUUUACAGACAUCGGACCCAUACCUCCGCCGCGAAUGUUCAGCGAUUCCGUUCAUAACACUUACACCUCUGAUAAUAAUAAUAUUAAAAUUGAAUCCUCAUUUAACAACAACUGUAUUAAUGAAGACAACAACGACUCAAAUAUGGAAUCUAUCGGUAAUGAGCUAAGAAUGUCGCAAAUGGACAGAUCAGCCAACGGUUCGGAAGUGCCACAAAUGUCUUCUCUGCCAAUAUGUGUAAUUCAUAGUCAAUAUGCGAACGAACCACUUUCGGUGACCGAAGAGGUUCCGGCAAAAGAGCCACAACUGUCGGCCGUCCCUAAGAAAAGUGCUCUGAAGAAAGCCCGCAUUACAAACACAGAUAAUAAUAAUACUGAUAACCAAAAGCAAAGUCAAGUAUCAACGACUACUGUGCCCAUGAAUUCAGCUAAUAUUACAACCACUACCACCUCAUCUUCAACUGUUGUCAUCAAACCACAGCCGACACCGAGAUAUACCUAUAAUGUCAUACAACCGAUGCCAAUGCAAAUUGUGGUCACAUCAGCGCAACAUAAUUCACCCCUCACUAAUCAAAACAAUUUUAGUUCCGUUAUGUCGAAAGUUCGUCACUUCAAUAGUGUCGGCGCCGGUAUUGAAAAUAAGGAGAACCAACCCUUCUCUCAGUUUAAUAAUAAGUCGUUAUCAACCAAUGAAUGCCAUACUCGUAGACAACCAUCGAUUGUGUUAAGCCAUGAAUCGGAUUCCGAUGAUGACAGCGAUGGUAAUAUCAAUUGGAGAGACUAUUACGGUGAAGAUGAACAAGGAAAAGUUGCCGCAAAAAUUGCCCGAAAAGAUUCGUUGGCCAUAAAAUUGGCCCAAAGACCUGACAAACAGGAAUUGAUCGAUAAAAACAUAAUUCCUGUGUUGAGUGAAAAUGAAAGACAAGACACUAGAGAAGCGAUCGGAACUAAACUAAACCGUCGGCUGAGUCUACGGCCGACCGCCGAGGAGUUAGAACAGAGAAAUAUACUGAAACAUCAAACACCCGAUGAAAUGCUUUUGGAUAAAGAAAAGAAAAAACAGACACUUAUAAGAAAAUUGAGUUUUCGGCCGACAAUUGAAGAGCUGAAAGAAAGAAAGAUUAUUCGUUUCAAUGAUUACGUUGAGGUCACUCAGGCUAAUGAUUAUGACCGACGAGCCGACAAACCAUGGACUCGGCUCACACCUAAAGAUAAAGCAGCCAUUAGAAAGGAGUUAAACGAUUUUAAAAGUAUGGAAAUGGAGGUACACGAGGAAAGUCGAUUUAUGACCCGGUUUCACAGGCCUUAAUAUGAUAACUGAGAUUGAGAUUAAACUUUUUUGGACACAAACUUUUUUUUGGUAUUUUGUGCUCAAAUUGUUAAAUGAAAAUUGUGUAUAAAAACUGUGAUUUCAAUGCAUUGCAUAUUAAAUAUACAUAUUAUAUAACUGAUGGUAACUAAUGAUUAACUAAUUGAAUAUCAAAGCACUAAUAGAUAUACAAAAAAAUAAUUAAUUAAUACAAAUAUUUAAUAACAAAAUUGAAUCAAAAAU